UGUCCCGUGUGAGCAGAACACUCUCCUUAACAGUGCUGUUGAAACGGUGUGGAAACAAAAAGUAUGACCAAAACUAAUGGUUCUGAAACUCGCAUUCCUGCUGUGGGAGGCGGACUGUAACUGGGACACUACUGUGGCGUUGUAAAGCAAAAUACACGCUGAAAUUCCCUUUGAAAUGGAAAUUUGGAGCCCGUGCCAGCUCUGCUCCAGGCUCUGGAUCCUCCGAGCAAGCAUUACACAAGCCAGACCUUGGGAAGCCGCUGAGAAGGUCUCCUCCCUGGGCAAGGAUUGGCACAAGUUCUGCUUGAAGUGUGAGCGCUGCAACAAGACCCUGACCCCAGGAGGGCACGCUGAGCAUGACGGGAAGCCCUUCUGCCACAAGCCCUGCUAUGCAACGCUCUUUGGCCCCAAAGGGGUGAACAUUGGUGGUGCCGGGUCGUACAUCUAUGAGAAGCCGCAGAUUGAGGGGCAGAGUGCACCGGGGCCCAUUGAGCACCCAGCCAGGGUGGAGGAGAGGAAGGUGAAUGCUGCUCCGCCCAAGGGACCCAGCAAAGCUUCCAGCGUCACCACCUUCACCGGGGAGCCCAACAUGUGCCCGCGCUGCGGCAAGAGGGUCUACUUUGCCGAGAAGGUGACCUCGCUGGGGAAGGACUGGCACCGGCCCUGCCUACGCUGCGAGCGCUGCAGCAAGACGCUGACCCCCGGGGGCCACGCCGAGCACGACGGGCAGCCUUACUGCCACAAGCCCUGCUACGGGAUCCUCUUCGGGCCCAAGGGCGUCAACACCGGAGCCGUGGGCAGCUACAUCUACGACAAAGACCCUGAGGCGAAGAACCAGCCCUAGGCAGGCGGCCCCCUCACCUCCCGCACCUACAAGUACCGGAGCAGCCCUCGGCCACGGAGCUGUGCUCUCUGCUGUCUUUAUAGAACCUCCGGGUUCUACGCCAUAGUCCCUAAUAUAAGCUUCAGUGUUUAAAGGCAAAGGUAGAAGGUGUCUCUGCUCGUCCCCUGUGCGCUCUGCCCUCCCCAGGACGGGUUGGCUGGGAUGGUCACUGCUGUCCCAGUGUUCCACACAUCCCGCACCUUCAGGGGAUGCUGUGACACCAGUGACACGUGGUCCCCCAGCGGCUCAGCUCCCGCAUCCCCACCCUCGCAUCCCCGCCCCCCCCAACUCACUCCAAUGUGAGGUCCAGCUGCUCCCCAUGCCCGGGGAGGGGGCGGGGGCAGGGGGCAGAGCGCAUUGGGUCCCGAGCCCGAGGUUUCCCGUCGCGGUGUUUAUUUAUGAGCUGUUGUCAUUGUGCUCCCGGCUGUGGGGACACCCCUCGCCCCUCCCAUGUGCGCACGCUGCUUGCGCUGCCCACCCACCCGGCCGUGCGCUCCCCGGACUUUUGUUAUUUGCUGAUAAUAAAGGUUUUGAGAGAG